AUGACAGCCAACAACGACUAUAACAAUAACGAGAAGGAGACUAUUGAAUUCAAGAUUAAACGUCCAAGUUUUCCACCAAAAAUUGAUCCAAAAGAAUUAGUUGCUAAAUUGAUUAAUCAUAAAUCAAAAUCACCAAAAGUUCCAAAUGAAUUUUUCAUUUAUCGUGCUGCUUUAGUCAAGGAACUUAAAGAAAAUAAUUGUCGUGUUAAGAUGACCAAAGUUUCCACAAUCGCAUCGGAAUCUUGGAAUCUAGAAACAUUAAAAAUCAAGACUGAAUACAGAAAACUUGCAAGAGAAACUGAAAAUCUUUACAAUAAAGCUCUAAGUAGUUUGAAUUAUAAUGAUCUAGUCGAUUUAAAUUUAAACCUUGGUUUAUUUUUAAAUGAUAUUAAUAAUAAUAAUUUACAAAAGGGCGACAUUUCUAUCACUCAAGGAUUAGGUUUAGAUAUCUUUGGUUCCCACUUUCUAUAUAAUAAUAACGAUCCAAUUUUAAAUCCUUUUAAUUUCGUAUCCAACGACAUCAACAACAACGAACUGAUUAAUUCUAAUUCCUUACCUCCAUCGCCGACGCUUUCUUUAAUUUCUUAUUCAACAUCUAAUGGUUUCUCAACUCAAUCUUCUCCAAUAAUAUGGUCGAUGCCUGAAUCUCCAUUAGUCUCAAUACCUAAUCCUAUUCC